AUGAGCGGCCACAGAGAGCGGCGGGGCGUGCACGUGAGCAGCCUGCUGAGGAGGAACUGGCUGCUCAUCGCCACGGUGCUGUCGGUGAUGCUCGGCAUCGGUUUGGGGGUCGUGGUCAGAGAGUACGCCAACCUCUCACAUCUCGACAAGCAGUACUUCGGCUUCCCGGGGGAGAUCCUGAUGCGGAUGCUGAAGCUGGUCAUCCUCCCGCUCAUCAUCUCCAGCAUGAUAACAGGCGUGGCAGCCCUGGACUCGGAGGUGUCGGGGAAGAUCGGCCUCCGCGCCGUCAUCUAUUACUUCUCAACAACCAUCAUUGCGGUUAUUCUGGGGAUUAUUCUGGUGAUGACCAUCAAACCGGGAGUUUCUCAGACCGCUGAUCACAUCGACCGAUCUGGGACGACGCCCAACGUCACCACGGCGGACACGCUGCUGGACCUCCUCAGAAACAUGUUCCCAGAAAACCUGGUUCAGGCGUGUUUCCAGCAGUACAAAACCAGGCGCGAGGAGCUGCAGCCCGUCAAGCUUCCUGUCAACACGUCGGCCCCCACGAUUCCCCCUCUGACCACCAGCGUCCUGGCAGUGGUGGAGAACAUCACCAAGGACUAUCAAAUCGUGGGCUCGUACUCGGACGGGAUCAACGUGUUGGGCAUCAUCGUCUUCUGCGUGGCGUUCGGCCUGGUCAUCGGGAAGAUGGGGGAAAAAGGGCGGAUCCUGCUGGAGUUCUUUGACGCCCUGAACGAAGCCACCAUGAAGCUGGUCCAGAUCAUCAUGUGCUACAUGCCGGUGGGGAUCCUGUUCCUCAUCGCCGCGAAGAUCAUUGAGGUGGAGGACUGGGAAAUAUUCCGGAAGAUGGGUCUGUACAUGGUGACGGUGCUGAGCGGUCUAGCGAUCCACGCCACCAUCUGCCUGCCCCUCAUCUUCUUCAUCAUCGUGAGGAAGAACCCGUACACCUUCACCCUGGGCAUGGCCCAGGCGCUGGUGACGGCGCUCAUGAUCUCCUCCAGCUCCGCCACUCUGCCCGUCACCUUCCAGUGCGCCGAGGAGAACAACCGCAUCGACAAGAGGAUCACCCGCUUCGUGCUGCCGGUCGGCGCCACCAUCAACAUGGACGGCACGGCGCUGUACGAGGCGGUGGCGGCCAUCUUCAUCGCCCAGCUCAACGACUACGACCUGGACGUGGGCCACAUCGUCACCAUCAGUAUAACCGCCACCGUCGCCAGUAUCGGCGCCGCGGGCGUCCCGAACGCCGGGCUGGUCACCAUGGUGAUCGUCCUGACGGCCGUCGGGUUGCCUGCCAGCGACGUCACGCUCAUCGUCGCCGUCGACUGGCUGCUGGACCGCUUCCGCACCAUGAUCAACGUCCUGGGCGACGCCUACGGCGCCGGCAUCGUGCAGAAGCUGUCCAAGAGGGAGCUGGAGCGGAUGGACCUCAUAUCGGACGUGGACGUGGCCAACCCCUUCGCCCUGGAGCCCGGCCUGGACGACGCCGAGUGCGAGAAGAAGUCCUACGUCAACGGAGGCUUCACCGUCGACAAGACGGACGCCAUCUCCUUCACCGAGACCUCGCAGUUCUGA